ACUUCAAAUAGGUUCGAAAACUGUUCAGCUUUGUCGUCAUUCACGUUGGAAUGUUGGAAACCUUAAAAAAACUAGACUUCUCAUUGGUCAGAUUUUCAAGUUUUCUGACGCGUGUGGCUAAUCCCAUGUCCUGUGAAAUCGUUGGAAAUCGCCGUGACCUGCUAUGCGAAUAAGAUGACUGACUAUCUGUGAUUACGAAGAGCUUUGGCGCUGAAUUUGGAAACUUGAUUAACCUGUUUAUGUCGUCAGUAGAGAAUUAACAAUUAUUUCAGUGUUGAGGUGAUUAAUCAAAUGUCUUUAUGCUAAAAUAUAGUGGCAUAUAUAUUGCUUUUGUGCAAAGAAGGCGAGCAGUGUGGAAAUGAGACAUGGAAUCCAUUGGAUCCUGGUGUAUACAUUGUGUACCUCGAAAAAGGGUGUGUACGUCCAGGGUUAAAUUGAUAUGAAGUUAAUACACGCUUGACAAAGGGAACUCUGAAUAUUUCCAAUAUUAUUGUUCAAUAUAAUAAUUACCCUUAUGCCCUCAGCUACUGGUGGAAUAAACCCUAUAGGGCAGCAGAAGGGAGGGGCGAUUAUGCCCAGCAAUGAAGAAUGUGGAAUACGAGAUGUUUGGGGGCACAACUUAGAAGAAGAAUUUCAUACUAUUCGUCAAGUUGUGCAACAAUAUCAGUAUAUCGCUAUGGAUACAGAGUUUCCUGGUGUUGUUGCUCGACCUAUAGGUGAAUUCAGAACUAGUGCAGAUUAUCAAUAUCAAUUACUGCGCUGUAAUGUUGAUCUCUUAAGAAUAAUCCAACUUGGUCUUACUUUUCUGGACGAAUCGGGAAAUACACCGGGAGGUAGUUAUACUACAUGGCAAUUUAAUUUCAAAUUUAAUUUGCAAGAAGAUAUGUACGCUCAGGACAGUAUAGAUAUGCUACAAAACAGCGGAAUUCAAUUUAAAAAACAUGAGGAAGAAGGUAUCGAUCCUCUAGAUUUUGCAGAGCUUCUUAUGACAUCAGGCAUUGUCCUGGUUGAUGAUAUAAAAUGGCUAUCUUUUCAUUCGGGAUACGACUUUGGUUAUUUGCUUAAACUUCUUACUGAUCAAAAUCUUCCGCAAGAAGAAAGUGAAUUUUUUGAGCUUCUUAGGAUAUUUUUUCCAACAGUCUACGAUGUUAAAUAUCUCAUGAAAUCCUGUAAGAAUUUAAAGGGGGGCCUACAGGAAGUAGCUGAACAAUUGGAACUUCAACGAGUUGGGCCGCAACAUCAAGCUGGUUCAGAUUCUCUUCUUACCGGCAUGGUUUUCUUCAAAAUGCGAGAGAUGUUUUUCGAAGACAACAUCGACGAUGCGAAAUAUUGCGGUCAUCUAUAUGGUUUAGGAACGUCCUUUGUUGUAAAUGGAUCUGGAGGAUAUUUGGAUAGUAAUGGUGACAACUCCUCAUCUUCGUAAUAUAGGAAUCAGCGUAUCGCGUCCACCACAGAUUAUUUGAUAAUAAUUAUAAAUAAUGAAAAAUAACGAUUAUAAUGGAUAAAUGAAACACAUUGAAAAGUAAUUAUUACUACAAAUAAAAUAUACAAAAAUUCUUUAAAUGAAAAUCAUACGUAAUGUAUAUUUACAUUCUAAUUAUAAAUUUUAAAAAAAUAACUUGUUAGUACUGUGUAAGCGACAUUUUAAUAGACAAAUAUUCUCACGAAUA